CAGUGGCGGUUGUUUCAAGAUGGCGGACGCGGCGCGCCCCUCCCGCCCCGGCGCCGCGGCGUUCUGGAGCCGAGACUUUUCUGAUGAAGAACAAUCAGUAGUAUAUGUUCCAGGGAUUUCUACAGAAGGAAAUAUCAGAUCAAGACACAAGUCGAUGAGUCCAAAAGCUAAUGUUAAACUUAAGACUUCCAAGGUGACUGCUGCUUCAAUCUCCAUGGAGUCUUUAAAGGGUGCAGGAGAUUCCGUAAAUGAACAGAAUUUCUGCAAGGGAGGAAUAAAGAGUGCAUCAUUAAAGGAUUUAUGUCUUGAAGACAAAAGACGCAUUGCAAAUUUAAUUAAAGAACUGGCCAGAGUAAGCGAGGAAAAGGAAGUGACCGAAGAACGACUCAAAGCUGAGCAAGAAUCAUUUGAGAAGAAGAUCAGGCAGUUGGAAGAACAGAAUGAACUGAUCAUCAAAGAGAGAGAAGCUCUUCAGCUGCAGUAUAGAGAAUGCCAAGAUCUUCUAAGCCUCUAUCAAAAAUAUCUAUCAGAACAGCAAGAGAAGCUCACCGUGUCUCUCUCAGUGCUUGAUGCUGCCAGAAAGCAGGAACAACAGGUACUCAAUAGGAAGAGCACUCUCCCGUCUUCAUCUGUGGAACUGGAUGGUUCCUACUUGAGUGUAGCCAAACCACAAACCUACUAUCAAACCAAGCAAAGGCCUAAAAACCUGGACUCAGCUUCGGAACCCCUUGUGGAGUUCAGAAAUAAUUCUUUGAAACCAUCAGCCCUUCAUUAUCCCAAAGAGGAUCCUGACUUGAUGCCAUCAGAAACCAGAACACGUGAUUAUGGAUCCCCAGGGAAAAAACUAGCAGAUGUAGUCCCUACAGAGAAAGUUCCUUCAGAGGCAUUGAAGAUGAAGGAAUGCCAGCACCUUCAGCCCAUUCCGUCUAGACUGUGUUGUGCUGAUAGACUUCCUGAAAAUGCAGAUCAUGUUCCCGUUAGCCAUCCUACAGACAUGGCCCCUCAAUAUUCCAAGACACACCCAGAAUCAUGCCAUUAUUGUGGGCGUUCCUGGGCAUCUCUGAUGCAUGGCCAAGAGGUACUGCAGCCCAGUGAAAUUGAUUUCAAAAAGCAGCUAUCAGAAGAUAGAAGGCAGCAACUUAUGUUUCAAAAAAUGGAGCUGGAAAUUGAAAAGGAGCGCCUUCAGCAUCUGCUGGCCAAGCAGGAGACAAAGCUUCUCCUAAAACAGCAGCAGCUUCAUCAGUCUCGCCUGGACUACAAUUGGUUAAGAACUCAAGCUGUGUUUAACUCAAAAGAACUGAUUGCUGAUAACAAGCUUACUAAGCCCCGAGAACUCAACCUGGAUAUGAAUGGGAGUGACUCUGGACCAAGACAUCCCAAGAGUUCUCUUUGAAAGGACAUAAAAUGUUUAGAUGCUGUAAAAGGUUUUU